AUGGCCGGGAAAACCUUCACCGCGAAGAAGGUAACUUUUAAUCAAAAGUUAUUCGCCGUGCUAGACGUUCCCGGCCUACAGUAUGUGUUUGAUCAGCGGAAACAUCCACUUGAAAGGCUGUUUUGGGUGCUCGUUAUCCUGGCGGCGAUCCGCGGCAUGCUGUUUCUGGGCCAGUAUCAGUACGCCCGGUACAGUGCCAACCCGACCGCCAUGCAGAUGGACAAAAACUACCGCGACUGGAUCGGCAUUAUGCCGGGCUUAACGUUCUGCUUUCACGACCGGAUCGACUGGAAGCGGGCGCACGAGUAUCUGGAGCGCAUUCAUCUUACCGCGCAGGAAGCCACACGGGAGAGCUUAACGCCGAACGAGACCGCCGGGACCAACCGUUACCUUGCCGAGUUUGUCCAAACGCUUGUCGAUGCGACCGCUACCGAGCUGGGCAAUCUGUCGCGCUUUCUCAACGAUAGCAGGCUGGCCAGCGACGUCAAUGUGCUCGAGCUAAUCAGCACGGUACACCCGAAUCACGAUAUCGCGAUCAACAGCUUCCAGCCGGGACACGGAGGAUUGCUGCAGGUGCAUCAGAUUGUCACCGAACGAGGUAUCUGCUACGCACUGAAUGCACCGCUUGCCUUUCUGCAGCAUGCCAACCGGACGGGGCAACGGCUGGCUUCCGAGAAGGACGUGCCUGGUCGGGCUCCUAUAUCAUGCGAAUUUAGCAAACAUCACUGCUACAUGAAGCUGGACAUGUAUCGGUCAACGGUAUCGUACGCCAUACACUCACCGUACGAGGUGGCCACCAGUGAUCAGCUGUUCACGCACGUAGAGGAGUCUGAUGAGCUGGUUGCCGUGUACAAUGUGCUAGAGACGGUCGCGAACGAACGUCUCAAGGAUCUGACAGUGCGCCAGCGUAAUUGUUUCUUUUACGAUGAAGUCUACGAGGGAUUACCGUUCUACAGCCACAACCUGUGCCUCAUGAGCUGUCGGGCCAAGCGUGCACUGGCAGUGUGUCGGUGUCGGCCCCACUUUUAUCCGUUCGCCGAGGGACCAGCGUGCACUGUACUGGGAUUGCAUUGCCUGCAGCAGCAUCCCGACUGGUACACGGCAGACGUGAAUUGCAAAUGCUUGCAAUCGUGCACGGACGUGGGCUUUUACGUAGCAUCACUUAGCAAAACGCAGUGGACGGCCGAAGGGGGCAUUCCGUUUACGCACAAAGCGUCCUUACGAUGGGAAAUUCUACAGCCCAAGACGAGACUCCGGAGAGUGCUUAUAUUCAGCUACGAAGAUUUGCUCGUUUCGUUUGGUGGUGCGGUGGCACUGUUUUUGGGAAAGAAUGGUUUUUACGUCUCGAAAGUUGUAGAAUUUUUAGUUAUUGAAAUCAGCGUUUGGUUUCAGCGCAAGUUUUGUAAGCGUAAAACUUUAAAGAAAAUCCGUCAAGUUCCUCAAUUAGUUCCAUCAAAGUAA